UAUCAUCAGAUCAAGUUUAAUAUCAGAAUGUUUAACAUUAUAUUAACCUUGUUAAUUUUUCGUGUUUGUUAACAAUUAUUACUGAUCUUUAACAGCUGUUACAUGAGCAACAGUUGGUCAUUGAAUGGAUUUGAGAUGCGAACGGAUGUAUCGUCAAACACAUGUUGUCGAGCACCGGGAUCCACCGAAUUAAUAGCUAUGAUCGAGAACAUAAUGGAGCAUAUUGCGAGAGUGACAAAGAAAGAUCCAUUACAGAUCAGAUUAGCCAAUAUGAACGACGUGCAUAAGGCCGUGUUAGAGCUGAUGAUAAAAGAUUUGUCAAAAUCGGCCAAUUAUGAAAUGCGGAAGAGAGCCGUUGAGACGUUUAACAAUGAGAAUCGCUGAGAGAAAAAAGGCAUUGUGCCGAUAAAUUACUCGUUCGUUUACUCGGGAUCAAUUUAAUGGUUAUGGUGUCGAUUUGCGCUCGGGACGGUACGGUUUGCAUGGUGGAAUUGAAUGUGGCCAAGGUAUAAACACCAAGAUAUAGCUCUGAAUAGAAAUCAUUUUUUCUAAUUCAUAAUCUUAACGCUUCAAUACAAUGUUUUAAAUAAUUUAUAUUGAGAAUUAACAAUUUUAUUGAAUAUUUAUCAA